CUGUUCUGUAGUGGGUGUGGGUGUGUCUUGAUUUUGUUUCUCUCAUUAUUUGGGUAAAGCAGGAACAAACUAAAGUUUUUAUUUUUUUAAUCAAUUUGGCGUUGUGGGAAUUGAGGCUUUUUUCGAUUCCCAUUUAUGCAUGAUCAUCUUCUUCCUUACACUAGAAUUUUUUCUGUUUUUUUUUUUUUUUUUAAAAAAAAAACCUUUUGCUCUGUGGGUUUUCCUCAGAAUUUAGAUUCCUUGUGUCAAUUUUCUUCCUUGCAGUCCCUUUUUUGGUAUUGAUUUUCAUAUCCAGUCUGGUUUUUCAGAUUUUAAGGUAAGGUAAGGUUCACAGAUUUCUUUCCUACUCUCUUUCAUGUUGAUUUGGAAUCAUUUGUUGUCUUUCUCUAUGAAUUUUAGGUUGGGAAAGUGAUAGGCUUUAAUGGUUUUUAAUCUGUUGUGGUUGCAUUUUAUGUUGUAUCACGUGAAUUUUUUCCUUGGAUCUUUCCGCCCUGGAUUUGGCAUCUAGCAUUCCUUGUUUCUUCUUCUUACGCUUGAAUUGAGUGAUUUCUACAUUGUAAUCAAGAUUACAUCCACUUUCCAAACAUUCUGAUAUUCUUGAUACAAAACUUGGUGCCUCCUCCACAUUUCAGUGAUCAAAUUGCGCGGACCGUGCUUAAUCUCUUGUGGGAUUUGAUCUCCUAUGUUGGUUAUGAGAGAGAUCUAAAUCUUCUGCGGUUGUGAAUCUUUAAUGGACUUGCUGUCUACUUGUAAGAUUUCAAAGUUCUUAGGCUGUCAUUUUGGUUCUCUGACGUGCAAAUGUGUAGUUUUAUUUGCUCUUGCUCUGUUUUUUAGAGCCGUAUUGCUUCAUUCAUCCUCUGGUUAUGUUGGAAUUGAAUGGAGCAAUCUAGAGUUGGUUCAUGGUCCUUCUUUGUCACUGAAUUCUGAUGAAGGAAUUCGUAGAGAUAAGUUCUUGGAGGUCCCUCAGAUUGUAUGGGGGUUAAACAAUCAAAAGAUAGCAGUUGCAAGAGCUUUCUUGACUGCUAGAAUGCUCAACCGAACUCUUUUGAUGCCUAGCUUGAGUGCUUCACUAUUUUACAAGGAAGUCGAUCGUUUGCAGCCUAUCUCCUUUGACAAGGUUUUCCAAUUUGAAAAGUUCUGUUCACUCUGUCUUGGGUUUGUCCAAUUAGGCCGUUACUCGGAUCUUAAGAAUCAAACAGGAGUAUUUGAUCUGCAAAAGGGAAGUGGAAGAAAGUGGACAGCUCAUAAAGAUUUGGAGCAGUUGAGGCAAUAUAGCAGUGGUCCAGCUGAUGACUAUGAGGUAAUUAGAAUUGUUGGGAAGAAUCCAUUUUUAUGGCAUGACCAUUGGCCUGUUAAAGACUAUGCAAGGGUUUUUGAGUGCUUAGUUUUGGUUGAUGAGAUAACAAAGGAAGCUGACAAGGUUGUGUCAAAGAUUAGGGAGACGGGAAGAGAAUUCAGGAGCAAAACUGGUUUUGCACAAAAUGGUUUUGAUGCAGAGGAGUCGGUUCCUUAUGUGGCAGUUCAUAUGAGGAUAGAAAUAGAUUGGAUGAUUCACUGUAAGAAGUUAGAGCAGAGAUUAAAAGUAAACCAGAUUUGUAGCAGCAAGCAAGAGAUUUUGAAGAGAGUUGGGAACAUUAAGGGCUUGAAAAGACCUACUGGUGUUUAUCUUGCUGUUGCUGAUAGUCUUCUAAACGAUUCUUCUAUUUUGAGUGGCUGGAAGAAAGGAUUGGUUCCUUUUGAUAAGAAGAAACUUGGUGUUGAUGGAAUAUACAAGAAGCAUCCAUAUCUUAUUCAGUCAGCAAUUGACUAUGAGGUGUGUUUGAGGGCUGAUGUAUUUGUUGGAAACAGUUUCUCCACAUUUUCGAGCCUCAUAGUUCUUGAGAGAACGCAGAAGAUGAGUAGAAUGGGCAUCACAAGCUCUUGUGACAUCGAUGUAAGGUGGCCUUCUUACUCAUACAAUAUAUUGGGUGAAUCAAACGGUCCUCAGAAAUGGAUGACUAAUAUGUCUGAUUCAAGUCUUCAAGCAAUUAGCUAUGGCUCAAAUGAUGUUUCAUGUUGAAAGUUGGCAACUACGAUUCUCCAGCUGGAGGGAUACAGCCACGGGUCUCCAUGUUGAACCUGGUCGAGCCCUGUGGUUGAAAUAGGUUUGCUAUAUAGUUUAGAGUACAUUUUGUGUAUAUUAAGAAGACAGUUAGUUACAGAAAUGGGUUUUCAGCGAAAGAAAAUAAGAUGCUGAAAUAGGUACAGUUUUCACUUUUGUAACUAUGACUCUUUGCUCGGUUUUCUUUCAUACCACAUUUAUAGAGAACAUUUAUCUUGAAUCCUUGUUGCGUUCAGUCGUUUAUUUGUUUGUUAUAUUCUUAUUAAUCUUCAUUAGAAGAUGUCAUUUUAUGAUUCUGAUUUUGUGUUGACGAUGAAAUGAAAAUUCCAUACAUUG